GCGAUCGCGAAAUCGCAACUUCCUGGAGGGACUGAGUUAUGUUACAUCUUGUAACCACAGAUCUCCUCUGUUCUUCCUACAGGAGCUUUGUGAUGCAAAGAUGCCCAUCAGACUGACACGAAUCACAUCCAGACCUGUGUUUUACCAGCUAUGUACCCUUUGCAUUGGUAUGCUGUCUCUAUACUCAUUGACGAUUACUUACCAUUCCUCCUUCAGUGGCGGAUGUUUGAAAGAGGUCGAUUCAGUGUUUGGGGAGAUGGUCAGUACUUCUCCUAAACCCUUUUUGUCAAAAAACGACACAGUGACCGAGGACGUUUUCAAGUGGUGGAAGCCCAUACAGGGUUCUAGGGAGAACUUUACUUACUUCAAGAUGACAGUUGAGAAGACGUUUCAGAUGAUCCCCCCCUCUCUGGAAGUUAUGAAACCCAGUCCUGGACGCUGCAGGACUUGUGCUGUGGUUGGUAAUUCUGGUAACUUGAAAGGAUCACAUUAUGGAUCUCUGAUCGACCAUCAUGAUUUUGUGAUAAGAAUCAACAGAGGCGUUACCAAAGGCUUUGAAGAGGAUGUUGGGACCAAAACAACUCAUCGUGUAUUGUAUCCAGAAAGUGCACCUCGUGUGGAAAACACCACCUGUGUUUUGUUUUUUCCAUUCAAAAUACAUGAUUAUGAGUGGCUUCGUACAGCUAUGAGUCCAGAGAAUGUGAAGUCACCCAGAAGAAUAUACAAGGACAAGGUGAUGAUCCUCAGUCCAGCUUUCAUGAAAUAUGUUUAUGACGUGUGGCUGUACAAGAAGGACGGGUACGGGUCGACUGGCUUCAUGACUGUGGUUCUCAGCUUGGUACUUUGUGAUGAGGUCAGUGUGUUUGGGUUUGGAAUAGACAACGAUGGAAACUGGAGUCAUUACUUUGAACGGUUCAAAUAUAAUGGUCUAGGAACUGGACUUCAUUCAGGAAAGGUUGAAUAUAGUAUUUAUCAACGACUACACGAGGAGAAGAAAAUACAAUUUUUCAAAGGACUGUAAUUUUUGAUUUCUUUCUUAGUCCGGUCUUUAAUCUAUCUGUCAUUUCCAUUGUUAUAAAUGCAUUGUAUAUAUAUGAGUGUGUGCUUGUUUGAAGGACUUCUUUAACUUUCUGUUAUUAUUGUGUACACUCAAGUUAAACAACCUUUGCCACGCCCUUCCCCCUUCAUCUUAUUAGAUUUGUGAUAAGCAAAGUUCAAUAUUAUGAUAGUUGUUAUGCAGGUGUGGCUGAAAGUAAAAGCAGUUUAUUACUUGGGUAUGUCUGUAUAAUUAUGGUGUUGUGUAAGGUCGCUCUCUGACUGUCUUAAGAACAACUGUCCAGUUGUUCCUGUUAAUGUGACGUACAGUUUUGCUUUUGUUCAGAAGUGAAUAAGUGCUGAGAAAAACACGGACAGAAUCUAGGCUCUCUUGACAUGAACAGGAGCACGGUAGUGGUUCACAGUAAACUGUGAGGACACACGAAGAACUUUACACAUUUUAGCUGGCUUCAAAAUUAUUAAAAUGAUACUUUUUUCAGACAUUAUAGGACCUUUACAGAAAGUUCCACACGCUAGCAAGACAGUGAACCUCUAAAAUUAUUCUUGUAUUCAUUCCUACAGAUUUCUGAUAUUACCAUCUAGAUUAAAUUACUUUUAAGCAAAGUAUGGAAAGCGAUAGGGGUGUAAAUUCUAGAUAUACUAUAUUUGGGUUUUUAGUUAGUUUUGAAUUCAUGUGACAAACACAGCUUAUAAUUUGAGAGUGAUGAUGGGCAAAGAACACUGUCCACUUUAUUUUACAUUACAUGGGGCAGAUUGGCCAAGUGGGCAUUUUGGAGAAUCCCAGAAUGCCCGGUGGUUCUGGGCAGCUGGCGGCCGCCAUGCAUGCCUCUCAUUGUCAGUUUAUUUUCUAGUUUGUGGAUUUUGGGUUCCUACCUGUUAUUUUUAAGGUGGAACAACUUAACUGUCAUAAAGUGUUCCCCAAGACAUAACUUAGGCAAAGUGCUGAAUAUGUGCUCAUAAGUGUAGUUACAUCAUUAAUUAUAAAAACAUGUAUUUCAAAUUAGGAGGAGUGUUUAAGAAAUGAACCUCUCUCAAGUAACCAGCAGCUUACAUCACACAUUAGAACCAAGCUUUUUUCUGUAUGGUUCAAAUGUUUGCUACCUAGCCUUGCUGUAUGUCAAAUAGCCUGCAGAGAAUGACUCCAUUGAUAUGUAAAUUAACAGAAGAAUGUUGCAAGAAGGAAAUCUUAUUUUUGCCGUAUUCAAGUACAUAAGCUUCAUUAUCUGUAUGUAAAGUUUAUAAUUAGGCUUUAAGUUAUGGGUGAGAAAAUACGUUUUCAAAUCUUUCUACAGAUGUGCAGAAGCAGCCAGGCUUUGGUGAGAAAAUAAAACCAUUAUGAUGUUACCUGACUGCACUGAUAACACAAUAUUAGAUUAAAUAAUGCCUCAAACUGACAGGGAUCAACUUAUACUUCCUAAUAGAUUAUAAAUUACACGAGUGAUACAGGAAAGGAGACUGUGUCAUAAUAAAAUAAAUACUAACCUUGAUGUGGAAUUUGACUCAAAUCAUAACUUUCUUUCUAUCUAUCUCUAUCAUCUCAAAAAGCGCAACUUUUUCUCUCUGCGACACACUGAGACACAAAUGCAUGCUUUUAUAACUUAUCAGCUGAAUUACUGUGAAGCACAUGAUAACAGUGUAUGAACCAAUACAGCUGUAAGGACAGUGUGUAGUGCUGAAAUCUUUAAACAGAAGAUGAAGACCUCUUCAGCAUGGUUUAUUUCAUAAACUUAGUUUAUUGAAUUUAUGUUGUAAAAAUGUUUUCUAUUUUAUAUGCGUCUUCAUAACAUCAUAUUUUUCUUUCCCUCUUCACAGUUAUUUGUCUUUGUUUUAUUAUUAAAUAUUUGAUCUCUGAUCCGUAUUUUGUCCAGAUUUUAUUUACCUCUGUUUAUUUCACUGUAUUUUAUGUUGUAUGUUGUCAUUUAUGUCAGUAGCAUAUAGCCCCGAUGAUAAAUUGGGACAAUAAAGUUUCUUUAAUAACAACAAUAAGAAUAAGAAUAAGAAUAAGAAUAUUA